GGGUUGCCUGACAUGUCUCGUUUUCUGCAUUAUGCAGCAGUAUGCAACAGUGCAAUCAAGUGCAAUCGGUGCCGGGAAGAUGAAAGUUAAUUAAGAGGGAGUAAAUAUACGAAAAGGAUGGCAGGAACACGCGGCGAACGAUGAAUUCUUGACAAUAUCACCAACGUUUGCGACCUAUUGCAUGGUCUACACAGCGUUUUUGCAAAACAAGAAACAAGGAUGUUAGCGCGAGGAUUCGAGGUAUAUGGCCGGUUUUGCGCCGGUCAUCCUUUAGAAGUAAUCGUAACGACCUUUACGUUAACAGCAUGUAUGUUCAACAUGGAAACUGGAACUGGUCUGGCACGUGAAGAAGGUUCAUCUGCGGCGGCAUAUUGUCAUCACAACCGAUGUGACACCAUGGAUUCCAAAACGCCCGACAUCAUAGUGAUGACGAUAAUCCGCGUGCUGGCGGUGCUAUACACUUAUCAUCAAUUUCGCAAUUUGCAAAGAAUGGGAUCUAAAUACCUUUUGGGUGUCGUCGGUCUAUUCACUGUUUUCUCCAGCAUGGUAUUCACAUCCAGCGUGGUGAGUUUUGGCAGUGAUAUAGCGGACUUGAAGGACGCCUUAUUCUUCUUUCUACUUUUUAUCAAUCUUUCGAAAGCCGCAACACUGGCGCAGUACGCACUGAGCUCGCGUAGUCAAGAAGAAGUUAAAGCGAAUAUCGCGCGUGGUAUGUCUCUGCUAGGUCCUACUAUUACUCUGGACACUCUGGUGGAGGCUCUCUUGAUCAGUAUAGGAUCCUUAUCGGGCGUCAGGAGGCUGGAGAUUCUCUGCACUUACGUGUGCCUCGGGGUGAUCGUCAACUACGUUGUCUUCAUCACGUUUUACCCGGCUUGCUUGUCACUCAUAUUAGAGCUUUCUCGCGGAAGUAAUAAUAUGGGCCGGCUGAGCGCUGACAAGAUAUUUAUAAUGCAGCCGUUAAACGAGGAGGAUCAAAAACCAAAUCCAGUGGUGGAACGCGUCAAGAUGAUCAUGAUUGCCGGCCUAUUUGUGGUGCAUGUCAACAGUCGGUGGCCUUUUAAGAACGAGGAAAGCGAAUACACGACAGAAACAGCUGCGACGUCCACGAACUCAGAUGUAAUAAACGGUUCCGAUCACACGGAAAACUCCGAACUGAAGGAACACUUGCUGACUUGGUUGUCAGUAAGUGCGGAUAACAUUGUAAUAUUGAUACUGCUGCUGGCGCUGGCGGUAAAAUUCAUUUUCUUCGAGGACAGAGGUGACGUCGCCAGACGUUUGCAACACCAGGAGGAGGAGGAAGCGACAGCGGAAGAGAGAGUUGAAUUUUUUGAUAACACUAAUAAUCUAGACAACAUGAACAGCGCGGCUAUGGACAUAUCACUGCGACAACGAUUCGGUGUAUCUUUGCCAACGAUCCAGCAACCGAUUUUUCCAUUGUCCGGUGUGGGUGGCGAAUGGAUCGAAGUCGACAAUGAAGCCAAUGUGGAAUAUACUGAUAAAGAAGUACAAACCGACGUGGUUACCCACGGCCUGAGCGAGUUGUCGCUGAAGAAGACCGAACCUGCCCGCAGCGUGGAAGAUUGUCUCGAAAUAUAUAAAUCUGAACUUGGAGCCAACGCGUUGACAGAUGAAGAGGUGAUACAAUUAGUAAAUCGCAAUCAUAUAGCUGCGCACCAAUUGGAGAAGGCGGUGGGCGACAUGGAGCGUGGCGUCGGCAUCAGACGUCUCAUCGUGAGUGCCGCCGGCAAAUUUAUCGAGGAAAUAACUAAUCUGCCGUACAAAAACUAUGACUACAGCAAAGUGCACGGCUCGUGCUGCGAGAACGUGAUCGGCUAUCUGCCAGUGCCGAUCGGCAUCGCCGGACCAUUACUGAUCGACGGCCAGCUGUAUCACAUUCCAAUGGCGACAACCGAAGGCUGUCUGGUAGCAUCCACUAAUCGCGGUAGUCGCGCGCUUAUGAAAUGCGGCGUGACCAGUCGCAUAGUGGCGGACGGCAUGACUCGUGGGCCCGUAGUACGAUUCCCGAGCAUCAUGCGCGCGAGCGAGGCGAUGGCAUGGAUGCAGCAGCCGGACAACUUCAAGGAAAUGAAGAACAGUUUCGAUCAGACUAGUCGUUUCGCGCGGCUGACGAAGAUCCACGUGCGCAUAGCUGGCCGGUACCUGUUCGUCCGCUUCGUCGCCAAGACCGGCGACGCCAUGGGCAUGAACAUGCUGUCGAAGGGCACAGAGAAGUCUCUGCAAACGGUGUCGGUCUGCUUCCCCGACAUGGAGAUACUUUCCCUCAGCGGGAACUUCUGUACCGACAAGAAGCCCGCGGCCGUCAACUGGAUCGAAGGCAGGGGCAAGAGCGUCGUGUGUGAGGCGAUCGUGCCCGCGGACGUUGUGGCCAAUGUGCUGAAGACGUCCGUGCACGCUCUGGUCGACGUAAACAUUAGCAAAAACAUGAUCGGCUCAGCCGUGGCGGGCAGCGUGGGUGGUUUCAAUGCGCACGCAGCCAACGUCGUGACCGCGAUCUUCAUCGCGACCGGGCAGGAUCCCGCGCAGAACGUUGGCAGCAGUAAUUGCAUGACGCUGAUGGAACCGUGGGGUGCAGAGGGCAAGGAUUUAUAUGUGUCGUGCACGAUGCCCAGUAUAGAGAUCGGCACCGUGGGCGGCGGUACGGGAUUACCGGCGCAAGGGGCCUGUCUGGCGAUGCUCGGAGUGAAGGGCCCGCACACCACGGAACCCGGCGAGAACGCCAGUAAACUGGCCCGAAUCGUUUGCGCCACCGUGCUCGCCGGAGAACUCUCUUUGAUGGCCGCACUGGCUGCCGGACAUUUGGUCAAAAGUCAUCUUAGGCAUAACAGAUCAUCUAUCCUAAUUAGUAACCAGGUGUGUCCUACCUAUUACAAUAAUACAAGUGGCGAGAGACUAACCGUGCCAACCAUUUCGUCGUGCGCAGAUUUCACGCGAAAAUCUUAGCAUUAAAUGUAGCAGAAUAUGUUUUUAUAGCUUCUGUAAGGAGCGGACUGUGGUAUUGUUUCGCACCUGCCUCAUUAGUAUCCCAAAGAAAUAAUUAUUUAAGUAUGUAUGUAUGUUUCUGCUGUAUGCAAUGAGAUGUAGGUUGAAUUAAAAAUAAACUAUAGUGUAUACAUAUAUACAUACGUAUAUAAUAUCUAUGUAUGUAUGUAUACAUGUAUAUGGAAAAAGCAGUAUCAGUGUGACAGUUCUAAUAGAAAUGAUUAAUUGAUAUUAAUUGUUGUUAAAUAAUUAACUUUGUCUCGCUAGAUCCCCAUUUAAUUUAUUAAAAUUGUUCAAUUACAAUUAUUAAUUACACAAUAAAUUAAACAAUUCUAAUCAAUGUCACAAAUUAAACACAAUUCAAACGAGCUAGUCGAACAUAUAAACUUCUUAGAUGAAAAACGAAGAGUGAAUUAUGGAAUAUUUUCUUCUCCAUUAUUUCUAUAUCACAAUGGUGCACAUUUAGUAAUAGUACAGCCAAGAUUUCGUUGGAAUACAGUGGAGGCAUGCGCGAACGAGGCCAGACUUAUCUCAAAAAGCUUCAACGAUCCCUAGGACUAUAAGUAAUAAUGAAAUAAUGUUAGUUGUUUGAGUUCUUAAUGGCUUGAGACACAGGUGUCUUCGAAUGCGAUCAACUCGUGCUACUUGUUUAGAUUUUUAUUUCAGAACUAGAUAAACAAUUAUACGCUUAUUUAUGACACAAUAUUAUAAAUGUUGAAAAGUGCAGCAACUGUCAAGCAAUUAUAAGUAAAAUUUAAUUUAAACUAGUUUUUCGUGUGAUAUGUCGAAUAUAGCUUAAACAUUCGUGUCUUCCGAAGAUUCAAAUGUAAAGCUAAUAGCAGACAAAUGCAUUGAGAUACAUAGUGAAAAAUUAUAAAAAUAAAAUUGGAAAAACAGUCGUGCAAAUAUAUAUAUAUAUAUAUAUUUAUGUAUUUCAUUUUCAUUAUAAAUUUUAUGGAAGUAUAAAUUGGUGUUACAAUCCAUAUUCUUUGAACGAUAUCUGACGUAAUCGUUAACCGUGCAAAGUAAUCGUUACAUACUAUUAAAGAUUGUACAUUAAGUGAUAAGGCAGAAGCAUGCCGAAUUGGAUUUAUAGGGUUCAAACGCCUCGUAAGUCAAGUCUACACGUUGAAUGUAUGAAAUAUAGAUUUAUGAAGAAUCUAAUUAAGAAUAUAUGUGCUAUUACGCAACGAAUAAAUACAAUUUUCGUGAAACAUCGUUUAAUUGACUUUUUGUUGGCACAAGCACUAUAGACUAUUGUUAUUAAUAAAUGACAUUCGUAUUGAUGACAGUUAUUAACAAAUAACACAAGUUGUUAAUUUAAAAUAUGAAUGUUGAGUUUAUUAACUUGUUAUUGAUUUUUCAGUUUGAUAUAAAUAUCUCAUAGGUACUCUUUUUAUUAGUGUUCAUAUUGAAGAAUAAAGAAAAAGCACGUAAAAUUGUUGUAAUU